AUGGCUGCGGCCCUAACCCGCUGUGUUGUGAACUGCGACUUCUCCACUCCUGUUGAUGCCGGAGCUACAUGGUCGAGCUUUGCCAGCAGCUGGGGACUCUCGGUCAACAAUCUGCUGCAGCUAAACCCCGGAAUUGCCUGCCCCAAUCUCGAUACCAGCAAAGCGUACUGUGUGAUUGGCACCGCAACGGAUGAGCCCUCAAGUACCACAUCCACGACUACAACAACUACCACCACCACCAAGAUUUCAACCACCACCGAGUCCAUCCCCAGCAACUCACCCACUAUACCCGGUAUCGCAACCAACUGUGAUGGCUUCCACAAGGUCUUAUCUGUCGACCAGUGUAACACCAUUGCUGCGAACGAAGCCCAGUUCAAGAGCUGGAACAGCCAGAUGGAUGCUAACUGCUUAAACCUUUGGUUGGACUACUACGCCUGCGUGCAUGUUCCCGGCACAACCACCACCCCGGCACCCCAGCCAACGGCUGAGCCCACGGGCCCCACGCCACAGAUGCCUGGGAUCGUUAGCAACUUCAAGACCUACCAUCGGAUCAAGAAUGGCGAUAGCUGCUAUACGAUUGGCCUGGCUGCGAAGAUUACGUUGGCACAGUUCCGUGCUUGGAAUACCCAGGUUGACGCGACGUGCAGCAACCUUUGGCUGGAAUACCAUGUCUAUAUUGGUGUUUAA